GGUUCGUCAAGUCGCGCGAUGAUUGAUGAAAGUACGCUUGGUCGAUUGUAACGGAUGGCUGGUGGGGAGGGGGUGAGUUUUCAAUUUUAAAACACUUCAGCUGGUUAUCAGCUGUUGUUCCACGUGAGGUCUGGCGUUUCGCGAAUUAGAAAAUUUAGCUGCGUAAAUGCGUCUUCGCGCAAGUGUGUGUGCUACCCGGCACUACCGGGGAUGGGAGGGUGUCACGUCAAGCCAUCACGCGGGACCCGCGAACCUCCCUGCCUACCCUGCUUGCUUGUGCUCAGUUCGCGUUCGUCCGUCGCACGUAUUGAUCGACUGGACAAAGGAACUGACCACCAGUUCACUUUCACAAGAAGCACUCGCCAACGCCGUUCGAUUGUUAAUUAAUAUUCGCAAUAUUUAAAAGUAUUAAAUUCGCAAGCGGGUAAAAUGCAGCGCGCGCCUGCGUAAAAAACACACUGCGGCUCUACUCAACGUGUUGCAUUCGUCAAAAGUUGCGGAAGUUUUGUUUGUUUGUUUGAAGUUUUGAGUGUACUCCAAGUUUUUUCGAACUGCGCACUGACAGCCGUUUUCAUUGGUUGAACGUUGUAUUGCAUAUAAACAGUAGCACGUGGUUAAUUUAAUUGAGUGCAGUUUACGUGAACGUUACGCGCGUUUAUCUUCAAACUUUUUUUUCAUUUAUUCACGAAGUUGUCCCACGAAUAUUUAUGCAACUCGAAAUCGAGAAAUAAGAAUGUCGUCGAAAGCAGGAAAACGUCCUUUGCGAUCCUUGACCGCUCAUGAGAAAUUGGAAGCAAUUCGGCGAGUUCACGAUGGAGAGAGCAAAGCGUCCGUCGCCCGCGAUAUUGGCGUUCCGGAAUCGACCCUUAGGGGAUGGUGUAAAAACGAAGACAAAAUUUCCUACCUGUCUCGGCAGUCCAGUCCCGAUACUGACGAGUCAGCGCCCGCGGCCGAGCUUAAAGAGAAAAAGCCAAAACUGGAAGACGUUCUACAGCCAUACAAUUUAAGCAUGAAAACAAACGGAAAUGCCCAUUCGCCAGUCACGGAUUUUGCUAAAGCGGACUUCGACGCCGGCAAACCCCUAAAUUUAAACGUCAAAACUGAAUGCUUCAAAUCGAGUACGGCGAUGAGCGAGAGGGAGAGAAAUAGAGCGGAACUGGCGCGCUUAAGUGUGGAAUUAGGGUUAAAUCGACCCGAGAUGUUCCUGCCAAAUAUGAAUAGCGGGGGCAGCUUGACGGAUCUAACGAGCAAUAUAGGUCUUUUAGCACAAUGGAAUAGUUUAAUUGCGCAGCAUCAGCAGAAAUCCAAAAGCAAUACUAAGGUAACGGCACCCGCCGAUACCAGCACAAGCAGCGUCGGUGCCUUCUCGGGGGUCGGCUCGACGCCACCCAAAGCCGAACCCGAAACCAAACCUAAACCUCCCAAACUGCCCAAAAUGGAAAACCCAACAAGCGUCGACGAGUCCGUGUGGUACUGGCUCAAAUCGCAACCUUCAAUGCUGGGGCUGAUGCAGAAUCAAAACGGAUUACCGGCAUCCAGCACGUCGACCACCCCAACCGUCACAAGCUCAACGGUGUAUAACGACACCAGGCCCUCGGACCAAAGCUCGUGGUUUUGGAAAUGGUAUAAGCAAUUCGCAAACUCCUACCCCGUUCAGCAGCACCUACCUGAAAAACCCAUUCUCUACCAGCAGUUAACCAAAGACAAAGACGGCUAUAACAGCGAAAACAUCACGGUGGACGACUACUCACUGAAAAGCAACACAAAAGUGCGGGCGGUGCUAGAUAAUUUGUUGUUUAAUAAUAAUAACAAUAAUAGUUUAGGUUUAUCAAAAAAGGAAGUGUUAACUCAGUCCGAAGCGCUGGAGCACGGUGAGAAGUUUCUUGAGUGGCUCGAGUGUUGUAGUGAACCCUCUGUUACCGCAGUGCAAAUUAUGCAAUUCCGAUACCUGUUAAGUAAUAUAAGGAACGGAUCCUAUAGGAAAAAUAGUAACUUACAAAAUAGAGCCAAAGUGAAACGUAAAUAAAAAGCUACAACCAAAUUGAUUAUACAUAAUUAAGUUGUCUAUGUAGUUUAUGUAAAAUUUUAUGUCGGGUAUAUUGUUCUAAAAAUGCGUAUUUUUAGAAUGUAACGAUAGGUUUAAGAUUUUGAUGAAGUUACCUAAGAAUAAUAUUGUAUUGAUACGUAGAUGUAUAUUUUUUUGUGAUUUUAGUUCGAGAACUCGUGUGCCAAAUAUUUCCAAACUGAAAAAUUGACAAUUCUAAUUUGCUCAAACCCAUUAAUAAGGAUUCCUAUGUAAUGAUCUCGCCGUUAAUUACCAAAGGGUUUUCUUUUGAAACUUUUAGAAAAUACGGUUUUCGUUUGUCGAUAAAGAAUGUACUUUUAGUUUUGCGAAACAUUCAUGUGCGUAUGAUCUCUGUAUACAGGGUGUUAAUAUUGUUGGAUACGUGUCUUUAGUUUUGCUUAUCCGCUCUGUAUACCUUUAAUUCGCCUACCUGAUGUAUUAUAUAAAUUUACAAUUAUAUAAAGUUAAUAUUUUUGUACGAAUUUUUCGAUUAAUAAAUUUUUCUUUUGAUUAAUUUUA